UGUAACUUCUUACUCCUAGCGAGGCCACCGGUACACUAUUCCUUGCAAUGCACAAUUGCAAGCUUACAGAGGUCUGUGCAUCGGAGCCUAGUAGAUAGCUACCCGGAGAGAUGCUUACUUUGGAACACCAGUACUCUUCCUGUUUAUACGGAUAUAGAUAGUCCAGUACCAGAGCGCUGGACCUUGUAAAACAGAGCACCGUUGCGUUCAUUCUACCGCACCUGGGAAACCUGGCGGCUAGUCUGGAGGAGUUGGCUCUCUAAGAACAUGGCCGCACCCAAUCCGGGUUGUCCGGCCUUUAAGACCUGGCGUGGUGUGUCCGCUCGCAACAGCCAGCGCGCUCAGGAAGACGCAAAGACCCCGGUCUUCGCGACACUAUGCAGCAUAUACGUUCCUACCGACCUCCGUGGCCUCCUUGAACCUCGUCCUCGUAGUUUUGGCUUAAGGGACUUGGAGUCGGCUGUGGUCGCCAUCAAAGCUAACGACAAGUUACAGUGGCUUGGGGCUGUUAUAGCCGUUCGCAAGGGGUUAAGCUAUGGGUUCGAGCCCCCGCCCGAUAACGUGUUGGCAGCAGCUGCGGCCGCUCUCCCUCGCAUGGUGCUCUUUAUGGGAGUCUGGGACACCCCAAAACUGCAGCUGGAGGCAACUCGGGCGGUGGCCCUUCUUGUUUGGAGCGGCGGGGCUCGCCUCUGUGCGGCGGUCGUAGCAGCUGGCGCGCUGGACGCAGCAGUGGCGUUGCUACAGCCGGAGGAGGACGAGGCCUCAGAGCCUGACGAGGCAACUGAACUGCGGGAAGAGGCGGCACGGCUGCUGGGCAACGUUGCAAGCUACGGUGUAGGGCCCCGUGACGCCUGCCUGCAAGCGGGGGUACUGCCAGCGCUGCUUUCAGCCGCUGCCCGCUGCCUCACUCCUCCUGUGCAGCGGCUCGCGCCCGGGUCCUCUGGGACGCCGCUUUCUCCCAGCUCAGCCAUGCAGCAACAGCAGCAGCUCCAGCAAGCCUACCCAGCAACGGUGCGGCCACUUUCCGCACUGGCACUACAGCAGCAGCAACAGGACCAAAAGACAAGGGCACAGCAGGCAACAUCACCACCACCACCGCCGCCGGCGCCGUUGCUUCUUCCAAGGCUGCUAGUAAACCAGCUGCAGCAGCAGCUGCUGCCCCCUUCGCGGCCUCUUUCUGCCUCGUACCAGCAGCAGCACCAGCAACCCCAGCAAGCCGCAGCCCGGGCUCCCUCCCCACUCCUCCUGGUGUCACCUCCCCCCUCGCCCCUAACCUCCCCCACUUCCCCGACGCCUGCCGCUCUGUUACAACAGCAGCAGCGACCCUACUUGACUUCCCCGUCCUCUCCUUUAUCGCCUCCUCCUUCUCCUCUUGCCCUUCCCUGGCAUCAUCGCCAUUACCACUACCAGCAACAGCAGCAACGGCAGCAGCAGCAACAGCAGCAAGCGCGGCCCUUCUCAGCAGUGGUACACCCUACCACCUCCAGGGCUUCUACGCCUCUUCCCGUGCCCUCGCCUCCGCCUCCCUCGCCCGCGCCCCCUCGCGGCCCGCCUCCCGUACGACAGCUCGCUCGUCUGGCCCUGAUGCUGCUAGCCUCCAAGCCUCGAGACUGCUCUGUGUCGCGGGAGUUGCUGCCCUCGCUCUCCCAGCUGCUGCUGCGAGCCGCUCCGCACUGCCACCGCCGCCAGUGCCGUCACCGCCACCACCACGGCAUCGCAGCAGCAGCAGGUGCAGGUGCAGUCGGGAGGAGAACUGCGGCCGGUGGUGCUGCAGCAGGCGGUGGUGAUGGUUGCAACGGCGGCAGCUGCGGGGAUGACGACGCUGAUGGCGACGAUGGCGACAAGGCCCUGGAGCCAGCGCCCAAGGAGGGUGUUGAUGCUGCUGGGGAUGCCGGCUUCUCCUUGCAUGGGCAGCCAGAGCAGCAGCAGCAGCAGGGGACGUGGCGGCGGCAGCGUCCUAGGAGGUUGCAGGGGAUAACGGACGGUACACGGCGCCCCUUGUGUUGCGCCUCCUCGUCUUCUUCCUCGUGCUGCGGGGCCUGUUGUGACCUGAUGGCAGCACUGGCGUUAGCAGCCGAGGAUUGUCCGGAGGGGGUGGUGGCGGAGGGCGUGCCGGAGGGGGUGGUGGCGGCGGCUGCCAAGACCCUCGCCCUCUUUUCCCGUUCCCUCGGCGACUUGUUCUCCUCCUCCUCAUCUUCCUCUUCGGAUACCGCUGGCGGCGUCGCGCAUCAGGGUAGUGCGAUCGGCAGCAGCACCGGCGGCGGCAGCAGUGCCAGCAGCAGCAUGAGUGGCAUGGCUGGCAUGGGCUGCAGCGGCAGCGGCGGCGACAACAACAGCUACUGCGGCCUGCCUCGCGGGGCCAGCAGCGAUGGAAGCAUUGCUAGCUACGGAGAAGGGAGUCGCAGCAGCAGUAUCAGCGGAGGAGGAGGCGGAGGGGCGGGUGUAGGCGGCACUGCUAUCGGAGAGGAGGGUGAAGCCCGCUGCUGCCAUGUCGGCUGGGAGCUGCCUCAGCGGGCGGCUCACUUGCUAUCGACGCUCUGUGAGACGGGUGGCCAGAAGCUCGUGCAGGCGGUGCUGGGCGCGGGAGCGCUCCAAGGCGCCUUUAGGCCGCUUAUGAUGCAGCAGCUGCUGCUGCCGGUGCUGCAGGUCGGUUCCCUUGGCUGUGAGGAGGAGGAGCAGCAGCAGGGCCAGCAGGCGCAGCAGCGGCAGGGGCAGGGGCAGCAGGACAGGAGCCAGCAGCAGCUAGGCAGGCAACCGGCGUCCCCGGGUUGCGAGGGAGGAGACGAGAGGGAGGCGGAGGGGGCUGCUGAGGAGGUGGUACUGGAGGGUGUUGAGGCGGUGGUGCUGGAGGUGUGCGCAGCAGCAGGCAACAUUGCAGCGCAUGGAUUGCUGGCCCAGGCUGCCGCCCUGGUGCAUGCGGACCUGCUGCGGCCGCUGGUGCGCCUCAUGCUGCCGCCGCCGCCACCGGGGGGCAGCGGCGGCAGUGCGGGUGGAGCAGGAGGCAGCAGCAGGGGGUCAGGCGGCAGCGACACCGAGGAGCGUCAGCCUCAGCCGCUGGAGGUCCGGCGCUGUGCCGCCCUGGCACUGAGCUACCUAGCCGUGAAGGACGUGUCGCUAGCUCAGGCGGUGUUCUCCGCCGGUGCAGCCGUGCCGCUGUCCGCUCUGGUUGCCGAGCUGGGGGGCAGUUGCGGGGGUCCUGACAUGCGCGCGGUGGUGGCGGCAGCGGAGGCGCUGCUUGCCAUGGCACAGGCGGGAGCCCCCUGCAGCAGUACCCCCAGCGGCAGCCGUAACAGCAGCAACGCGGGUAGCUGGGAAGGCCACAGAGUUGGUGGGAGCUACGGGGGCGGGGGCGAUGAUGAUGAGGAUGAGGAUGACGAUGAAGACGACGACGACGCUGAACUCAAUCCUGUUCUCAUGUCGUACAUUGACGGAGGAGGAAGCGGUGCAGCCGGAGGGGGGGUGUACGACAAUCUUAAGUUAGCGCUGGCGAGAGGCAUGUUGCCUCGAGCGGCGGUGAAGGUGGAACUGCUGAUGACGUGGCUUCCGCGCCGUACAGCAGGUGUACGGUGAUGCCGUACGUACGGUGAUGCGUGCGCCGUCAGUCAUGUUUGUUCGUACAGAGAUGCAUGUGCCUUUACUCUAUGACAUGGUACGGUAUGUUGUCGUACAGUUUGGUAUGGGGAUCUAGAGCUGGGUAAGUACAGGGUAGCAGGGGCGGCAGUAAUAAUAGCUAUAGUACGGUAGUUAGGCCGUGUAGCGAUGCAACACGGAUUCGAGCAUUGGUGCACUCGUGUUGCCUUUGCUGGCUGAUUAUUGAUUAUCUAUAGUAGCAUUCGAUGUACGCACAGCAGGGAAUUGCAGGUAUUUGCAACACCUGUGGGCACCUAGAUAUACACGAGAGGACAGGGCAGGGCGUCACGUGAGACAUAUCGGUAGUUGACAGCUGGAUUAUUGUUUGUCACGACGAUGUGAGUGUUACUUUCGAUGUUAGUGGUGGCUGACGGCGACCCGCGGGUCACAAGCGGAGGAAGGUUCAGGAGGACUACCCUUCUGUGUUGUCAACCAAGCAGGUAUUGACAACACCUGUGGGUACCGGUUUACAUGCACGUUGGUUUCGGUAGAAAAUGGCUGUGUGUAUGCGUAGAUGCUUCAAUACCACUCUAUUCUUGCGAAGCAUGUUUUGGCUUUGGCUUGGUGGGCAAGCGCGAGUAGCAGUAGGAUACUAGCAGUAAAUUCAUUAAUAGAUAGGAAACAAACCCAUACAUCUCUGCUACGAGUACGAGUAGGGUGGUGUGGGGAGUGGGGCGACGGGUCUAGGUGCACGGUGGUAGCGGAGCCGGAUAGGCACCUGGAUGGCGGUGCCACUAUUGCUGCAUCCGAUGCUACUGCCUACUGCUCUGGGCCCUGUGUGCGUGUGAAGGGCACUCCAACAGUACUCAGUUGGGGGUCAGACCAAAUGUCGAUGACCGCAUUCCUUCUUUCUUCAUGUUUCUCCUCUCUUAUCCUGGACUUCUUUUAUCUCUUCUUUUCUGUAGCUAUGGAUGGUUCUGGCGUGCUGGAUGCUUGCACGUGUGUGUUCUAACGAUUUCCUUAUGCAAUCUUGCAUAAAGAUUACUUGACGGUACUCGGAUGCUUGUGUAUGUGUGGGUACGGCAGGUGUCAUGAGUACGACUGGGUACGUGGGGAACAUGUACGGAUACAAGGAGGUCGGUGCCUUCGACCGGUACUGCCGUACACUCCUUGCGAGAAGGAGACGGCAGCACUGGCGGCAUGGUCCGUACCAGUUUAACCAAUGCGGGCAUUGCCAGGCACGUUAGGCUACUACGAUGCGGUGUCAUGAAUUGCGUAGCUGAUCCGUUGGGGCCUGUCAGCUUUUGUAGCUCGUCGCUUGAAAGCAGCUCUUAGUAGUUUAGAGAUGUGUUUGGUUGCUGAUGUGAUGCUGCCAUGCCUGUCAAUGUUAACCGAGUAUGGUACGGUGCGGGUCGCAAGCUUCACAUCUGUUCUGCACAGUGGCUGGCUAGGAUCCUCAACUUUAGUCCACCGGGCCCAAAAGCGAGUGGAUGCGCGCGACGUAAGCAAAUACCGUAAUCGCCUGACGGCUGACGGCUCAGUGAAAAGGGCUAGCAACAUAACGUGCAGCCUUGAAGUUCAUCCGAAGUAACAGAGGUUCACGUGCCGCUGUCGCCCGGAGUCGCAAGGUUCGCAUGUGUGCUCCACAAGGCCACAGCAACCGACAUGUUGCUGUCAACGGUUUGUAACAGACACGACGGCACCAGAAUCGCUCCUCUGGUGGCCUAGCAAUCUUGUCUUGCAACGUUUAGCCGUAGGUGGAGAGGGCGAAUAUGUGGCUAAUGGCUAACCGCAGAUCGCUCCUUUUGUCCAGACUACCGCUGCUUUUGCUGGCCCUGUUGCGAUUCAGGGAAGGCUUGGCCCAGCAGCAGGGAGAAAAGCUAGAGCAUUGUGAGCUGCAUCCUAAAAUAGAAGAGCGCAUCGCGAAAGAUGCACGUAUUUGGGGAAGUAAAGGCAUCACAGAAGACUUAGUCCUCUCCGUCAGCAAAUUCUGUUUGACGCCGGAGCGUAUUACAGAGAAUCACUGCAACUGUCAUCCGCAGCGGAUCCUAAUAGAAAACGGUACUGUCUACUUGAACAACCUAAUUCCAUCGCAUCGGCUGGGGCCGCAUGAACACAUCGGGCUGCUCGUGGAGCUGUAUGAAGCAAGCCAAGUCUACAAGCUUCCGAAUGUGGAGUUCACGUACUGGCUAGAUGACCACCCCCCCGGCGAACUAGACCUGAAGGGUCCGCCCCCCGGCGGGGAGGGCAGCGGGCCCCCCAGAACCGCCUGGCCCUACCCGCCCGAGGGGGGCCUGCCGCCCAUGGUUGCAUGGAGCAAGUCCGCUGACAACGGAGUGCUCAUGGUGCCGUACAGCGGCGCAUUCAGGUGCGCUACGGACAGCUUUGACGCAUUGGAGUCGCAGUUGACGCAGCUGGACAGCGUUCCCUGGGAGCAGCGCAAGGAGGUCGCAUUUGGCCGCUGGAACGGGUUCUGUACCUACUACUACACGUGGCCGCCGGGCAGCAGGGGCGGGCGGCUGAGAACCGACGACGGUCGGCCCGCGCCCUGCCCCCGCCUGCACCUGAACACCCUGUCCGACUCGCACCCCCAGCUGCUGGAUGCCUACGAUCUGGGCCGCGCGCGACCCGUGCCGCUGGCGCACCAGAACGCGCACAAGUACCUGGUGUCCACGGAUGGCUGGUCCAUCAGCUCCAAGUUCGACAAGUACCUGCUGCUGGGGUCCGCCGUACUCAAGGCCGCCUCCAUCCGCGAUGGCUUCUACUACGAUGCGAUAAAGGCAUAUGAACACUACGUGCCCUUCAUGGUCAAACACCAGGACGAUGUGGUUGAGGCCGUGCAGUGGUGUCGUGCGCACGACCCGCAAGCCCGCCACAUCGCCGCCGCUGCUCAGCAGUUCGCGCGCACCCACCUCAGCCGCCCAGCCCGGCUCUGCUACCUCUUUCGGCUGCUCACACACCUGGCAGCGCAGUACAGGUACCCCAUCAGCUGCAGCCGGCGGCAGUUGUGCGUCCCUCUGGCGGAUGAACUGCGCUUCAUGCAGAGCUUUGACAGGACCAACGAGACUUGCAACUACGCCGAGGUGUUGGACCGCUACGCGCCCUCCGACCCCUCCGACCCACGGGUCACCUCCCGCCUCGCCGAGCUGCGCACGCUACAUGAGGACCCGCUGCACUGGCCGCGAGACGACCUGUUCGUGGAGGGGCUGCGGGGGAAUGGGCAGGAGAGCGGAGAGGCGGAGAAGAAACAGCAACAGCAGCGAC